AUGUCUUUAGAAAUUUACCUUUGCAUAGUAGUUCGUAACAGACAACGAGAGCUUCAGGAACAAGUUGAAAAUCAUGCUUCAACCGAGACACUUGAGCUAUACUUACUCAACGAAGCUCAAUCCAUUGAACUUUUCAGAUUUUCUAUGCCAGAGAUUGAAAGGAUUACCAUGGCACUUGGCCUGGAACCAACCUGUUAUAUUUCAAAAAUAAGAGUCAGCAACAUCUUUGGCUUUGCCAUGUUGAUGUAUCGAUACAGUUCUCCCAAACGCCUUUUUGACAUGUCUCUUAUUUUUGGAAUGGAUCCAACGAGCAUAUCAGCUGUUUUGAGAGGGAUAGAAGACAUGAUAUAUGAGAAAAUAAGAUGGGGAAUUCAGUUCAAUACGCACCUUUUUCUUGGUGGUUUUUUGGAUGUUUGUAUCUCCCUUUGGUGGAAUAUUUUGAAUGAAAAAGAGCUUAGAAUGUAG